AUGCUGCUCUUCGCGGAUGCGACUCUCUCUAUCGAUAGAAGAAAUACAACAGCGUCUAUUGAAGACAUACGCAUCAACCAGUUGCAAGCCAUCGGCACGCACAAUUCCUAUCAUGUCGAGAGGAGAGCAGGGGAGCGCAAGAUUGUUGACGGCAUAUCAAACGUUAAACACCUGCAAGACGAGUACUAUUCCCACAAAGAUAUAUACAGCCAGCUAGAACACCAGUCUGUCCGAUCACUCGAGUUUGAUCUACAUACAGACGACAAGGGCGCCUUGUAUUCUAAACCAGCACUCUGGAAACUAUUGAAGUUGCUCAAAGUCCAACCUCCCUUCGACAGUGGCGUCUUCAACACCUCGGGCAUAAAAGUCUUCCACACCAAAGACCUCGACGUAAACGCCGUCUGCCACACCUUCGUCGACUGCCUCCACCAACUCAAAACCUGGUCCGACACCCACCGCACCCACAUCCCCAUCACCGUAAGCCUCCAACUAAAAACCGACACCUACCUCAACGGCACCGCCAAAAAAUACCGAAAACAAGACAUACACUGGUCCCUCCCCCGCAUCCUCGCCGUCGAAACCGAAAUCCUCUCCGUCUUCCCCCCUCAACGCAUCCUCCGCUCCGACGACAUGCGCCACCCCAACCUCACCCUCGAACAAUCCAUCCUGCACCACGGCUGGCCCACCCUCGGCAACACGCGCGGCCGCAUCCUCUUCUACUUCGACACCCCACCCACCCCUUCCACCCGCUCCGUCCGCCACCUCUACACACUCUCCGCACCCAGCCUGCAAAACCGCACCGUCUUCACCAGCGCCCUCGAGGGUAGCCCCGACGCAGCCUUCAUCAAGCGCGACAAUCCUCUCGGCAACGAAAACUUUGCUGAGAUCCAGCGCUUGGUGCGCCUGAACUACAUGCUGCGUACGCGUGCGGAUGUGCCGCUGAGAACUGUGCGCAAGGCCGAGACGGAGCGGAGAGAGCGCGCGUUGGCGAGUGGAGCGCAGAUUGUUAGUACGGAUUUUCCGGCCAAGGGGGUGAGUGGGCGGUAUGGGUCUAAUUAUACGGUUAGGCUGCCUGGAGAGGGGGUGGCGAGGUGUAAUCCUGUUAAUGCGCCUGCGUGGUGUUGGGAUGGGGGGUUUGAGUAA